GGCGGCGGCGGCCCGGCGGCAGCAUGGGCUGGAGCUGACAGCGCCCGCCCCGCAGACGCUGCCGAGCGCUGCCGGCGGGGGAGCAGCGGGAGCGCAGCGGGAGCGCGGCCGCGGGGAAGGGAAAAGUUGCCGCGUCCGCCCGGGGAAACUUUGUGCAGCCGAGGCGGGGAGAGGGCGGCGGAGCCGAGCCGUCCGGUGCGGUGCGGUCCCUGCGCGGCGGCGGCGGGGCGCGCAGCGCGGCACUGAGGCGGCGCGGGGGUCAUGCCCGCCGCCAGCCUGCUGCCGCUCUUCGGUAGCGCGGCGGGGCCGGGGACGCUGGGCGGCCCCGCGGGCAGCGGCGCGGGCGGCGGGGGCAGGAAGGCAGCGGGCCCCGGCGCGUUCCGGCUGACGGAGAAGUUCGUGCUGCUGCUGGUGUUCAGCGCCUUCAUCACCCUCUGCUUCGGGGCCAUCUUUUUCCUGCCCGACUCCUCCAAGCUCCUUAGCGGCGUCUUUUUCCACUCGGCCGCCCUGCAGCCGCCGCCGCCGCCGCCCGGCGGGCAGCCCCGCGCCCCUCCGCAGCCCGGAGACGGCGCGGCGGCAGCGGCGGCCGCGGGCGGGGCGGGCAGCCUGGAGCGGAUCCGCGCGGACCACGAGCGGGCUCUGCGGGAGGCCAAGGAGACGCUGCAGAAGCUGCCCGAGGAGAUCCGCAGAGACAUCCGCCAGGACAAGGAGAAACUUCUGCAGGACGCCCGCGGCAGGAAGGAGGCGGGCGCCCCCGGGCUACCCCAGCGCCUCUUCCGCCAGCCCAUCGGCGCUGUGGGGCAGGAGCCCGCCGACCCCGACGUCCGGCAGAAGAGGGAGAAAAUCAAAGAGAUGAUGAAGCAUGCCUGGGAUAAUUAUAAGCGUUACGCAUGGGGAUUAAAUGAACUGAAACCCAUAUCUAAGCAAGGACAUUCAAGCAAUUUAUUUGGUAACAUACAAGGAGCAACAAUCGUGGAUGCCCUUGAUACUCUCUAUAUCAUGGAAAUGAAAGAGGAGUUCAAAGAAGCCAAGGAGUGGGUUGAAAAAAACUUGGAUUUCAAUGUGAAUGCUGAAAUUUCCAUAUUUGAAGUGAACAUUCGUUUCGUCGGUGGACUGCUUUCAGCGUACUAUCUUUCAGGAGAGGAAGUUUUCCGAAAAAAGGCAGUGGAGCUUGGAGAGAAAUUGCUACCAGCUUUCAACACUCCCACUGGGAUACCUUGGGCAUUGCUUAAUAUCAAGAGUGGAAUCGGUCGAAAUUGGCCGUGGGCCUCUGGCGGGAGCAGCAUUUUGGCAGAAUUUGGGACUUUGCAUCUGGAGUUUGUACAUUUGAGCCACCUGUCUGGAAACCCUGUCUUUGCUGAAAAGGUAAUGAAUAUCCGAAAAGUUCUAAAUCGACUGGAUAAGCCAGAGGGCCUUUACCCCAACUACCUGAAUCCCAGCAGUGGCCAGUGGGGCCAGCAUCAUGUCUCCAUUGGAGGGCUUGGGGAUAGCUUUUAUGAAUAUCUGCUCAAGGCAUGGCUGAUGUCAGACAAGACAGAUGAAGAUGGCAAGAAAAUGUAUUAUGAUGCUGUUCAGGCCAUAGAGACCCACCUCAUCCGAAAGUCAAGCGGGGGCCUGACGUACAUUGCCGAGUGGAAGGGCGGAUUGCUGGAACACAAGAUGGGACACCUCACUUGUUUUGCUGGAGGCAUGUUUGCUCUGGGAGCAGACGGAGCACCCAGUGACAAGACAGGCCAUCACAUCGAGCUGGGUGCUGAAAUUGCCAGGACUUGCCAUGAAUCCUAUGAUCGUACACGCAUGAAACUGGGACCAGAAGCCUUCAGAUUUGAUGGUGGUGUUGAGGCCAUUGCUACAAGGCAAAAUGAAAAAUACUACAUCCUACGACCAGAAGUCAUAGAGACCUACAUGUACAUGUGGCGGCUCACUCACGAUCCAAAGUACAGGCAGUGGGGAUGGGAAGCUGUUGAGGCACUGGAAAAACACUGCAGAGUAGAUGGUGGCUAUUCUGGCAUUAGAGAUGUUUAUAACAAUCACGAAAGCCAUGACGAUGUGCAGCAAAGUUUCUUCCUUUCAGAGACACUCAAGUACCUGUACUUGCUGUUUUCUGAAGAUGAUCUUCUUCCAUUUGAGCACUGGGUCUUCAACACAGAGGCUCAUCCUUUCCCUGUUCUUCGCAAAGAUGAUGGGAAUAAAGAAGAAAACCAGAAAUAGAUGAAGAUUAAUUUAUACUUUUUUCAUUCCUUUUGUUUCCAGAACUUGGGCACAUGAUUUGGUUUUAAAUUCCUGAGUUAAAUUUUUAAAUCAAGUGUUUUGCAGUCUGUUUUCUUUAACAGUAAAUAUUUAUGAAUGGACCCAGUUAAUUAUGAUAAAACCUCAAUCUUCUAAUUCAGAUUAAUAACUUCUUAGAAGUGAAAUAGGAUAUCUUCCCAGAUUCUGUUAGGCUGCAGUGUCAUUUUGGCCUAAAAGAGCAGAGGGUCUGCAUGUUACUAGCUUCCUGUUAUGCUUUUAAUUUGACUGCAAAAUUCUUUUCUCCUCUGUGAGGAGAUGUAUGCUUUAAGCUGUAAUAUUUUGCCAUGUUGCAAAAAGCCAUAUUGAAUUAAGUAUAAAGAGCUUUUUCCUUUUAUUUUUUUCUUUUGUUUGUUUGUUUGUUGGUUUUUUGUUGUUCUAUGUUAAGUUGUUUUGUGUGUCAUCCAGGACAAAUCUUGUGACUGUGACAGCCUCUUCUUAUGCGGGUCUAUCAUUACUUGGUAAAGUAUCUGAUGUAUUUCAUUGUCAAUGAAGUCUACAUAGGGGUAUUCUCAUCUCAUGCAGACACAACUCUGAAACUGCAGUAUAAGUUGAAGUUAGAUUAAGCUAGUUUCUAUGGAUUUAGCACAUUAGUUAGCAGACCUUAGUUUUUCAGGUUUUGAUUAGAAUAUUGUAAUAGAAGAAAUUGUUUCCUCCCUUUUCUAAGUGGUGUUAUUCCUAUGUCUUUAGUCAAGCUAUGGAAUAAAAUAAGGUAGCCAUUUCAUAUUAAGAAAGGGACUAUUAACCUUCUUUAUAGAUCUAGUCCAGUAGUUUUCAUUUGGUUGGUUGGCAAAAAAAUACUCAAUGACAUUUUCCUGGAAGCUGAGAAUUAUAUCAGAUACAAUUUGUUGGUUUUUCUGUUACUUUUGUAAAGAUUUAGGUGGGUUCAGACUUGACACCAGGCUUGAUAGCUAAUUGUCACAAAGCAGUUUAAUGUAUCUGUAUGAAUAAAGGUAGACGUUCAGAUGCCUUGAAGAAAACCUGCCUCCUCAAAAAAGAUAAGUCAUUCAGAGAGGAAGUUAUCCUGAAUUGAACUAAAACUUUCUGACAACACUGUCUUGUUUAAAGUAACGGAAAUGCAGUGUGCUUAAAAAAUAUUCCCUAGAGGCCUGGCUUACUAAGAAAGGUAAGAGCUUUGCCAAAAAUGUUUUGCUCUGUGGCAUCACCAAAGGGAAAAAGAAAUGAGGCAUGAUUAAUUCCUGUUUCUACUUGGUUUGAAGUGGUUUACAUGAUUUUUGAGUCUACCUGUGUUUUCAUUUAGUGAUGGGAUGACUUCCAUACAUUUCAGGUAGGAAACACCUGGCUUCCCCUUCUGAGAAAGAACAUAUUCAUUGAUUGGACUGCAGUGAAACAAAUCUGGUUCUGAAUAGUGACCAUCUUGAAUGGUAUUUAGUAAGAUAGCUCACAUGUCCAGCAUUGCUAAUCACAGCUGAGGGAACACAUUUGUUUAGGCUUUACAGAGUUACCUUUUUUUUUUUUUAAAUCUUCACUUUUUUUUCUAUACUGAUAGAAAUAUGAAGUGGACAUUUUCUUAAGUAGAAGCCAAAAAUAACUAAUUACAUUUUUAUAUAUAGCAGCUGGAAGCUGACCCAUAGAGUUUGCCCUUGAGUCAGUGAAGACAGCUCAGCCUGUCUGCCUCCCCUGCUGACAGAGGAGAUGGCUCAUGCCACAUGAGCUGCCAAAGACGUUGGUGUAGGGGGCAAGGCAAGGACCUGCUGAUGCUCCAGCACAGGCUUGGCAGAGCUGAGCAUUCCUAGAUGGGAGUUACUGGGGCAGCCUGGUGAGCCUGGGCCACCCAGCACUGGGAGAAUGGAUAGAAAUGGACUGGCAGGUAAAAGCCUGCUUACACAGAGCCAGCACAGCAGCUCACAACUUUUUGCUUUACUGGGGUUUUUUUUAUUAUUUUCUUUUUUUAAAUAUGGAUUCCCUUAUGUUACAGCAGGUUUCUGAAAUAAACCAAGCAAGGAUGAAGUCUUGGCUCUCUCCUCUUUUCUAAACAGAAAUUCUGCUGAUUUUGAUUCUCCAGAAUUUGUAACAUUGGAGGACUAUACUUCCUUGUAUUUCUUUAUAAAAAGUAUUUAUAAGGGAGAUUUUUUUCCACCACAAAGAAGUUAUAGCUGUGAAUAAAACCAAAAUUUUUCUUCUUUUUAACAUGUAACAAUAAUUACUUUUCUCUCAGUUAUGUUUAUUGGGUCACCUGCUGCUGCUGCCUCCCACCUGCAUGUGCUGCUUCAGACCUCAUAACUGCAAAAACUCAGAAACAGUCUUUGAGAAGUGUGUUUUCUAAGCCACUUUCUACAUGGUUUUCUUAAGCAAGGUUUGCUUACCCCCAGCUGUCUGUAGUGAUCUUGCUGGGACAUAGCGAGUUGAAGGGAAGAGUAGAGAACCAGACAGCUCUUCUCCGUGUUUCAGAAAGCAGGCUCCAAUCACACAGCUCUGUGUGUAUUGGGUCUUAUGGACUUAAAUAUGAGCAUCAUGGCUGUUUCCUUGUAAUACAGACAUUUCAUAUGAGUUUUUCUUAGUGUGGGAGUUAGGGUGAUUUGAAAGAGCACAAAUUUGAUGUGACUGGUAUUGGUAUUCAGGUUGUAUGUACAAACUGCACUAUACUGUACUUUUUGUAAACUAAUGUAAGUAGACAAGAAGAUUGUACAACAUGUAGAUCUGCCAACUGUAAGAAAAAACUUUUCAUAAACUGAGAAUAUAUCAAUUUUUCUUUUUUUUUUUAAAUAACCCCAAAACACCAAAGUAAGAGCAAUCAUUUUGGAACAGUCCAUAUUUACCACUGCUCAUUAGAUCAGCAAGAUAACAUGCAUUUUAAUUCCCAUUCACUUAACUAACUUCAUGGAAGUGGCUAGUGAUGGUGACUUUGUGUUCCCAGUCAUUUGUAAGUGCAAAAGAAAUUGCUUAUUUUUGGGGGGGGAGGGGAGAAGACAGGGAUAUGGACAGAUUAUCUUAUUGCAUAAAGACUGCCCACACUUCUUCCAUUUACUUGCAGCAUAAUAAUGCAUUUAAAUCUGCAUAUGUUGAGUCCCACUUUAACUGGCACCAACAUUGUUUCACAAGGAAAAAAAGUUUUUGAUUGUGAGAUAAGUAUUGCAUAUGUGUUAGUUAUACACAAAUUUUUGCAAUGCCCAAUGGCUCACUGUUUCUAUGGUGACUUCAUACAUAUCCAUUUUUAUCAUGUAUUUAAAUUGGUUUUGAUUUGUACAUAUUCCAUUUAGUCUUUUCAUCUUUAUAUAAAUUGAAAUUAUGGAAUACAUAAUAGAUCAAGAUGCUUAAUUUUUAAGAACUUAUAUUUGUAAAAAUUUCUCUAUUGUGAAUAAAGUCUUUUAAUAUAUCUGUUCAACUGGUUAUAGUUUUUCUUAUAUGUGUUGGAGAAGUAACUACAGGAUUCUGCUGCAUAUUCUGGUUUGGCUGCUAUACUCACAAAUUUUUGUCAGUACUCUGUGUACUUGUUAAGAUGCUGUUCUUAAUUAAUGUCAGUGUAUAGAAUUUCUACCACUGAAAUAAGUUUCUAGGAAUUUUUGUCAACAAAAUUCAGCAUAUUAAAUGUAUUUUGGUAGAAAGUGAGCCUGCUAAUGAAAAGAGAGAAGCUGGGAAUUGGGAGGUGGCAGGCAAUAAACAGUGAAGGUCGGUCACUACAAUUCAUGUUCUGCACAAUACAAGUGGGCAAAGCUGAAUGGCAUUUAGGAGCAAACAGCUCAGUGGCGAUGACAAGGCUGUCACAGUGUCCAGUGUUACAUGACCAUGUAAUGAAAUCCUGUUGUUAGCCCAUGCUCCAGAGGAGAGGGAAACAGUUGUCAUAGGAACUGUAACUAUAUUUUGUUUCAGAAGGACAUUAAGAUUUCCAAUCUAAAUAUUGAAAUAACAGCUACACCUCCUGGAUAACCUUGUUUUCUCUGUUUAGUAGAAAGCCUCCUCCCAAGACGAUACUGAAAUAAACUGCUGUGGUUUUACAGAACA